GCCGGUGCCAUCAGGAAGGAUCCGGGUCGGGUCCCGUCCUCUUACGUUCCCGACAUUGAAGAUGCCCAAAAUCCUGUCCACGAGAUCAAACGCAAGGGAGAAGAUAAAGAGAAGAUCGACAGACGAUCCGCGGAAGAGAAGAUCGGUGGACGAUCGGCAGACGAGGAGAUCGGUGGACGAUCGACAGACGAGGAGAUCGGUGGAGAUCGACAGAAGAGGAGAUCGGCGGACGAUCGGCGACGAGAAGAUGAUGAAAAUUCAACCCGGCCGGUUGUAGCGGGUCGCACGAGUUCAGCGGGCGUGACGGGUCGCUCGCGUCACCGUUCUCAAGGGGGUUUCGACGAACCCAGCAAGGCUGGGUUUCAACCGAACCCAGCAGCUGGGUUCGUCGAAACCCAGCAGCUGGGUUUCAUCUGCUGGGUUCCGAUGAACCCAGCUUUCCACCGACCUAGGGUGGGAAAGAAAGAAAGAGAAAGGAAGAAGGGAAGAAGAGGGAUUGGGAGGGUGAGGAAGGCUGGGUUUCGUUUGCUGGGUUCAUCUUUGCACCGACCCAGGGUAGGGAAGAAAGAAAUAGAAAGAAAGAAGGAAGGGGAAGAAGAGGGUUCGGGAGGGUGAGGGUAAUAAAGUAAUUGUAUUUGU